CUUCGAAUCACCGUCGUCCAUCGUGUUUGCCGGAAAAAAGGUUGUCGUGAUAAAAUCACCCGAGAAUCGUUGCGUGCCGCGUACCAUUGCGCUCCAUAUUCAAACGCCACCGGCCAAUCAGCGUGCGCGCACAUAGCGCGGUGACGUCAUGCUGCGCGCGCAGGACGUUCUCAUUCAACCUUUGGACUCUGCACUCGCGUAUUAUCCGUUUCUCGUCCUGCGAACUCUCGAACUGUGCGAGCUCGAGUGUAUUCGGUCACCUAUGCUAGAGCAUUCGAGGAAGUUUCGUUUGCAUUAAUAGGCUUAGCUGUGUGACAGUAUUGAUGUGUGACUUGAAUGUGUGAUACUUAAAUUAUUGGAAAAGAUAAUAGAUACCAUAAUAAUAGACAAGUGCAAAGUAACUAGGGUGAGGAAUAACUUGUGAUUGAGAUUCACUGAUAACUCCAAGAUGACAUCUAAAGUGCUGAUGAAAUUACCAACAGUGCCCUUCCCUCAGGGGAAGAAAGCACCACCAGACUUAGUUUCUUUGAGCGAGAGGAACGAUGGAUUUGCACAUGUUAGACAUCAAGGUCUGAAUGUAGAUAGAGUGAUGCAACUAGAGCAGAACAUGAAGUUUUUGCAAGAACAACACCAGGCAACUUUAGUUGCUUUACAUCAGGAGAUAGAAUGCUUACGUCAAAGAAAUAGAGAUUUGCAAUUUCAAUUAGUAUUUUCCAAAAGAGCACACUAUGGUGUGGCUAGUAGUCCUUCUUCGCCUGAAGAUAAUGGAAAUGGGUUUGCGAAAUCGAAGGGUAGCCCAAUAUGUGUCAAUGUAACACCUUUGCAAGUGGAGCUUCUGGAGAAAGACUUACAAGAUAUUAAAGUGUCAUUACAAGAAGCAAAAACACAUAACCAGUACUUGUCGAAUAUCAUAGAGCAGCAAAAAAAAAGAUUGGACAUGGCCGAAGAUCAAAGAAACAAAAUUGAAGUGGCGGAUAUAGGAGUUCAAGUUGGAGAUCCUGUGCAAGCAAGUUUAGUCGUGCUUUUGGAGGAAUCGUAUGCGAUGGUGAAACGGUUACAUAAGGAAAAUGUGGAUCAAAAGAAGGAAAUAGCUUCAUUGAGAGCAGCUUCUUCAGCAAAUAAUGCUGGUACCAGUAGAGGCGGACGCUCCCGUGACGGUAACAAUACCCAUUAUAAUCGUGGUUCGCCUACGAGUACAACGCAAGAACAAAACUCUCGUAAAUUUCCGCCGUUACCAAUACCGAGCUACUGGCACCGCAGAUCAGCAAGAUACAGCACGAAUCGACACGAGAAACAAGAUCAUCAGACGGAUACGGAUUCGACUGUUCUACCACAGCUUCAGAAUGGCAGCGUGAAAUCAGCGGAAGCGGGCAGUUUCGAAUCGCCGUCGUAUCGAUCGCGUGAAUACCGCAAUUAUGGUCGCGAUGGUAAUAAUCGCAAGUAUAGAGGUCAAGCAUCACGAAGAGACAGCAAUCACUAUUAUCAUUCUCGCGAUUUUAAAGACAGAAAUUCCAAGGAUCAUCCGAGAGACGCAGAUGAUACUGGCGAGGGAUCGAAAGAUGCGAAUAAUUCACGGAGACAGUAGGCAAAAUAUAUGUUGUCGAUGCAUAGAAAUCGCGUGAAAUUUGACGAGCUUCUAGUUCCUCGCGUUGGAAUGCAUUGAGAAUUAUACCAGCUGUAAGAGCUAUCGGUAACAAACGAUCGAUGUUUUCUUCACUGGUGCUGAUUGCGACAUUUCGUGCAUAUAUAACAUGUAAUAGAAUAGCGACGAUGAAUGAAUAUAAGCUGUACGAUUUUCGAUGGAAUGAUCUAGUCUGUAUACUAAUUUUACUCGUUAUAGGCUGCCAUAAAGGAAUAAUAGGAA